CUACAUUAUUCAAUUAAAAUAAAGAAGUAAAAACAAUAAGUGUGGCUUGAUAUUGAGUAAGAAAAAGGUUAAUAAACGCUGUGAGAAUGAAUCUGCGGAGAACAUUUCACCGCGAUCACAACUCGUCUAUUACCAACGUUCAGGGAGCUCUAUGCAAGUCAAUGGGACGCCCUACCCGUUGAAAACUGACUCUCAAGGGGUACCCUGUGCGUAAUAUGGUGACGGGGAGGGGCCCUGACCACCCGUCAACAUGUGACGGGUUGGGAGUGAGAACGUGUUGUAUUCAUGCACCACUGCAGUGCAGUUUGAUGUGUGUAAAUAUGAUCGUUCAUUUUUGCAUUUAAGUUACAAAUCUGACUAGCUCAAAAGAAUGAUCAUCAAAUGGAUCACUAAAUAACUGCCAAUAAUAAAACAUUUAAGAAAAGUUUCCCUUACAUUCCAAAGACCCAAUAACACUUUAAUCAUGUUUUGUUUAUGGCUGUUUACUUUCUGUGAUGCAUAUACUCAAACAUGUCACUCAUACAUUUUAAACUUUCUGAAAUAGAUAAGAUAAAAGCAUCCACAUUUAAUGUACUGAAUGUUUCUCCUAAACCACUCAAUAUGUGAGUAUACUCUCUGUGCCUCCUCAGACACCUAUUUCUAGAAAAUAGUUUCACUACGUGUCCUUACACCACGUAAAUCUCCCCUCACUUCUCUCUUUCUGUUUCACACACACACACACAAAAUCACUUCUGCGUUCAACAUGUCUUUCACUUCCCAGCUCUUCACUGCAUGACUCUCUUUCUGACUUAAAGCUGUAUUAGCAGGCGGGCGAGGUAAAGUCGCAGACGGGAGACAACUACAAGACUUAUCUCUCUCACACAGCUUCUGGCCGAGCCAUCCGACAGCUGGUUUAUCUGGAGCCACACACCCUCUCACUGGGGAAGUGUCACUCCGCAGCCCCCUCCUCCUCCUCAUUCCUGCUGACUCCCUGCUCACCCUCUCCUUUCUCGCCUCACCCCUCUCUGAAUGCCAGGAGCUUUUAGUCAUGGAGCAGACGACAGUCACACACCAACCGAGGCUCUCAGUCACAGACGCCUCAGCAUCAGCGAUUCAAGAGGAGGAAGAGGGGGGGUUCACCACAGGAAGUCAAGAUGACUUGGAGUCAAGCAAUAUCUAUGCAUUUACAGACCCAAUACUCACACAGCCCGGCCUCGGCAUUACCACGACAACCAUCACCACCAUCACACAGACGGGAGGGGGCUGGAGCACUGGCCUGUUCAACGUCUGUGGAGACAAGACUACAUGUGUCCUCGGGGCUCUGGUGCCGUGCUGUUUGGACCUGAGUUUAGCUCACCAUUAUGGCGAGUGUCUGUGUAUUCCUCUGCUGCCAGGAUCCACUUUUGCCAUGCGAGUUGGGAUCAGAGAGCGCUAUAAGAUACGGGGCAGUGUGUGUGAGGACUGGACCGCAGUGUGUUGCUGUUACCCUCUGGCUGUAUGUCAGAUGAUAAGAGAGAUGAAGCGGAGGAUGAAGACACAGACCUAUCAUGUGUCCACUGCCCUUGAAUGCUCCUGAAGAAACUCUAUACAGUAAACAAGGACUUUCCUUUUACAAUGCAAGAACGACUGGUGAGGGUCUUAUGAGAUUACAGUAUGAAUAGCACAACAAAAUCAAUAACGUUUUAGAUGCCCCUGGGGAUGCAGGAAAAUUAGAACUGUAAAGUCUAAAUGUAGUUUGAAGUGCUUAAAAAGGCCUCAGAGAUUUUGAGAUUGUAACCAUAUUCGUUUUUUUUUGCAAGAACAACAACAAGAACUCAUCAGCUUUAUUUUGAGUUAGGUGAAGCAGGUAGCAGGACGCACGCUUAUUUAGUUUCAGCAGCUGUCACUGUCAGCUAAACAUCUGGUACAGUCAGUCAACAGAAAAUAAACAAAAAACGGGCAACUUUCUUGAGUUCUGAAUACGUUUUGAAGCAUGCAAACUGAAGUGGCUUCCUGAGUAACUUGAGCAAGAUACAGCCAUAUUAUAAGUUAUAAAACCAUUUUUAAUAUAUAUAUUUUUUUAUAUGCAAUACACAUGUUUGUAUGUAUUUCUAUAGAAGUCAGUUUACCCAUAUGCCUUUGAAUGUUUGAAUAAAGAAAACUCAGUAACAACUUA